CCGCGGCGUACCUGCGAGAGGAGCUCAAGGGAUGCGCUUGCGCCGUGCUCUCGUCGCCCGCAACCAGCCGCCGCUUCUCGUACUGGUUCGACCAGGCGAGCCACUCCGACCGCGUCUCUGCCGGGUACGAGGCGAAGCCGCUGGUGAGCAGCCUCACGAUGAGCAUCGGCGAGUACCUCGACUCCGCGCAGGCGGGUCCGAGCCACGGCCGCCGCUGCCUCUACCUGCAGCAGUCGGUCCUGCAGGCCGCCCGCUGAGAUGUGUCGAGAUGUCGAGAUGUGUCGGUCCUGCCGGCGCCAGCAGGAGGGUCCCACGCCACCGCCGCAGCGGUAGGGGUGGGAGCUGCUCCUGCGACCCACCUCUUCACUGGGAGGCGUCCGCUCUCUGUAUGCGAUGCGCAGGCGCCUGCCGACGGCUCGCUUAAUUAACUAACAAUUACUAAUUAAUUAGCAGGCGCCUGCCGACGGCUCGGUCCAGCAAGGAGCCCUCCUGCCCUGCGCCGGCUUGGGCGAGGGGAUGAGGCGCGACAUCGGGAGCGGGAUCGACCUGCAGGCCGUUCGGGCGCUUGCCGAGGCGGGCGGCUUCGGCCCGUGGCAGCGCUGCCAGCUCUUUGUCGGCGGCGCCUCUGCCGCAGGCGCGCGGUCGAUACUCCAUUUCGACCAGUACGACAAUUUGUUCGUGCAGAUCUCGGGCUGGAAGCGGUUCCGCGUCUACGACCCGCAGCAGACGAGGUGCCUCUACCCGUUCCCGAUCCACCACCCGCUCGACACACGCGCCCAGGUCGACCUCGAGGCUCCCGACCUGGCCGCCUUCCCGCGCCUCUCCGAGGCGGUCUGCAGCGAGGUGCUGCUUGGCCCCGGCCAGGCCCUCUUCCUCCCCGCCUACUGGUGGCACGAGGUCGUGACCGAGCCCCACGACGGCCUCACCGUCUCGGCCAACUUUUGGUUCGCCGCCGUCUACCGCCUCCUCACGCCGACCCGCCCGCUGGUGCCGUCGAUGCAGUGCGAGCUCGCGCGCCAGCUCGAGUACCUCGUCUCGGACUGCCUCUCCGACCGCGCGCGCCUCGUCCCCGCCUUCUUCUCCGCGCUCCGCGCCGCGGUCGAGGCGGUCCACGCCGCGGCGGACGCGCGCUCCGCCGCCGCAGAUGCGGCGAGGGCGGACGCGGCGGCGAGCGAGGCGCUGCACGCGCGGCGGCCUGCUGGAGUCGUGCCGCAGGAGUGGCAGGGCUUGUUUGAGUACGUGGUCCGCCAGCUCGGCUCGCUCGUCGGGCACGGGAGCGUGCUCCGCUUCUGCCUCGACUUGCUCGACGGCGGCCGGUUCGCGCGGUUAACUCUGGGGUGAGGCGGCGGCGGGGAGGUGAGAGGUGCCGCGCGCGAGCAUGGACGCGACGGCUCCUAAAGUCUCCAGAUACAGUAUUAAACGCAUCUCUGCCGGAGUGUGACGA